AGACUGGGUCCGAGUAAAUUUCAAGCAGCACAGCAACUAGUCGGCCUGCAGAAGUGGCCGUAAAGAAAGAACUGCCAGAAGAGGGCAGUAAACAAGAUGAAGUCGUUUCAGUUGUUUGCUAUAUUAGUUUUUUUCUGCUUUACUAUUGAAGAAAGUGCUUCAGUGAGUAAUUCCUCGGCUUAUUGUGGACAAGAACUAUAUACAUCCGAUCAUGGAGGGACGAUCAGCUUUGGGCCUAACUCAAGCCCGAGCAAAAGAUGCCUUUAUAAGAUCAAAGUCGCAAGUGGUCGUAGAAUUGUUUUAGAGUGGUCAAAAUUUAAAGUUGAUGGGAACAUGCCUCGAUGCACUGAAUCUGAUGUCACUGUUUAUAUCGGGUGCCAGGAAACUCAAGUGGCAGUAUUCUGCUCAAGAAACAUGGAUUCUCUUCCUCAUGAUAUUUAUUCUCGAGACAAUUGUAUGAGCAUCAAGUUUACAUCAACCCAGCAGACAAGUGAACAGUUUGCUGCCUCCUAUUCAACGUUUUCUGAUAAUCAGCCUAUUGAUUAUUCAUCAUUUUGUUCCAGUGACAAGAAGUUGCGGAAAAAGUCAGGUGUUAUUUACUCACCAUUAUGGCCUAAACGAAGCUCCAGCUUGUAUAAAAAAUGUGGAUGGGAUAUUGAACUAAGUCAAGCUUACGUCAUAAAAGUGAAUUUCAUGGACUUUGAUUUGCUUUCCACUUCUUCAUAUGAUUGCAAAUACAGCAGGGAAAAGUUGAAACUUAAAGGUGACAAGUCGGUGUUGACAUCUUAUAAAGAAAAACGUUACUACUGUGGAAAUAAAAGCCCGUUUUCACAAACAACUAGAUAUUAUGAACUGGAGUUCGAAUAUGAGGCGAAGUAUUCACCUUCAUCAAAACGAGGCUUUAUUGCUGGCUAUGUCGCAUACAAAACUGAUGACACCGUUAAAGCCGCCAAUCACAGCAAAUUAGUAUACAUAGGCCUAGGCAUUGCAAUCAUCGUUAUUAUUGGCUGCUGCAUUUUCUUCUGUUGGAGGCGUCGCAGGAGGCAACGAGAUGCCAAUCAUGCUGCUUACCACGCCCCUCCAACGCAAGAACCAACUGCCAAGGUCAUUACGCAGGCUACGACUGUAAAUUAUGGUACUGGGCCUCCCCCUGGUGGACCUGCUGUCCCACCCCCAUACAGUGCUGCCGUUAAUCAGCCUCCAUAUCAAGGCUAUCCAAGCCAGCAGUAUGCGCCAGCACCCUACCCUGCUGCAGGUCCACCGUAUCCUGGAGCUGCUGCACCAUAUCCUGGAGCUGCUGCACCAUAUCCUGGAGCUGCUGCCCCCUACCCCGGAGCUGCUGCACCCCACCCCGGAGCUGCUGCACCCUACCCUGGAGCCGCUGCACCCUAUCCUGGAGCCGCUGCACCCUACCCUGGAGCUGCUGCACCCUAUCCCUCAGGCGGAGCGCCAUACCCACCAACAUCAGCCCAAGGGGACUAUCCCACAAAAGAAUCCUAUGCAAAGUCAGGUGAUCCAGCAUUUGAUGGUGCUACGGCUCCUCCAUACUCUCCAAAAUGAGGUACCGCCCCCUUCUGGGCAUAAUGUCUAAACAUUAAAUCGACAGCCAUCGUGCAGUCAACCCUUUUGGAUAUCACAAUCACCGAUAUAUUUUUGCUUGCAACUUGCUAGAAUGCUCGCUGUAAUUGAUAUUUACUUCGUAAAAUAUAUGUAGUUGUCAGAGAACCUAAGCAGGAGAUCGCUUGAUGGCCUAGUGUUUUUACGAUCGCUGUGUGAAAAAAUUAAAUAUAUUUGAACACGAAAUGUGGUCUAUGCGCGAUUAUUUUUUCAAUUUUCAGUUAACACAGUUUUCAGCCGAGCAAUCGCCACUGUUCUGGAUUCAGCAUGAGUACGUCGAUUUUUGUUUUGCAAGAACAAAGUUGAAAGUGUUCACUCAGUAAUGUUUUUGAAAUAGAUUAAGUUAUUUUGACUUGUAUGGUAGAAUAGGCAAGGCGAUUUAGAGAACCCAGAUUCAGCGAAGCCUCGAUACGGCUGACGUCAUUGUUGUGUUUCCUGGAUUAUUGCCUGGAUUAUUCCUGGAUUAUUCCUGGAUUUCCAUAGUUUUGAUGCAAUUUUUACAGCCUUUUUUGUAGUAACAAAAUUGAAAGGGAAAGGUAAUCUAUUGGCAGUUUUAGGGAGUUUGUUUAUUGAGGAUUAUCUUUAUUAUGCAACUCCCUAUAGACAAAACAAAUGGGAAGAGCUACUUGAUCAACACAGCUGUAUUUUCACAAUUAGCUUUGGACCAUGGUUCAAGAGUGCCUUACCUGGUCUUCUAUCAUUUUUACCAUCCUCAUUUACAUCCCCUUCAGUAAAGUCUUCAAUAAAGUAUUCACGUUACGUAAUAUGAAUUCUUUUUAUGCUCUAAUAUAGCUGUUAAUUAUAAGGUAUUACGACUAUAAAUGAUGUUAGAUUUUUCACUUAUUUAUUUUAUAUAUGAGACCGUAUUGCACCCGUAUUUUCCUCCAACUCAAUGACCUGUAAUUUUUUAAUCAGAUAACAAGACAUCAAUUUGAAGGAACCAUUUAUCAA